AUGCCCCAGUUCUUCGGUCUGGAGGUUCCCAAGGGCGAGGCGAAGAAAUUCGCCGCCGACGAGGGCGACUCCAUCGUGCUGUGCCAGGCCGCGCUCGGCUUGAAGCCCAAGGCUGGCGAGCGCGUCACCGUCUUCAUCAAGACCCAGGACUCCCCCGAGCUCGCCAUCGGCUCGCUCACCAUGGGCACGUGCGACCAGUUCACCUUGGGCACCGGCCUCUCGUUCAGCGCGGGCGAGACGGUCACCGUGCGCCACAACGGCUCCACCUCCGUGUUCCUCACCGGCCGCAUCGAGGACGACUUCGAAGACGACUUGGACCUCUUGAACGACGACGACGAGGACGACGAGGCUUCCCUCUCCUCCGACUCCGACGACGACUCCGACGACGACUCCGACGACUCCGACGAGGAUCCCAAGGAUGUCAAGGUGAGGACGCAGAAGCUCGCGGCGGCGGCGGCGGCGGCCAAGCCCGGCGACGCCGAGGAACCCUCCGAGGACUCCGAGGACGACUCCGACGACGACGAGGACGACUCCGAUGAGUCCGAUGGCUCGGACGAGAAGCCCAAGGCGGCGAACAAGAAGGACGAGUCCGAGUCCGAGUCUGAUUCCGACGACGAUGACGACUCGGACGAUUCCGAGGAUGAGGAGGACGAGGGUAAGCCGUUCAUGGGCAAGAAGCCCGCGUCUGCUGCCAAACCCUUCAAGGGCGGCGCGGACGUCGGCGAGGAAUCCGAUGAUUCCGAGGAUGACGAUGAUGACUCCGAGUCUGAAUCCGACUCUGAUUCGGAUGACGACGACGAGGACGGCGACGACAAGGAUGGCGACAAGGACGACGACGACUCCGAGGACGAUUCCGAUUCCGACUCCUCCUCCUCCUCCUCUUCCGACGAGGAUAACGUUCUCGACGACCCCGACAACGAUAACGGCGAGAAGAAGCGCAAGGGUGGCCCGGCUCGAGGCGGCGGACCGCCGCAGAAGAAGUUUACCCCCGGAAAGAGCCCCGGCGGCGGGAGGGGCGGCGGCCGCGGGGGACGAGGCACGCCGGGCAAGAGCCCCGGGGGCCGCGGAGGGCGAGGUACUCCCGGUCGCCGUUUCUGA